AUGGAGAACAAACUGACCCUGGGUGAGCUCCCCGCAGAGCUCAUCCUGGACAUCGGCUACGACCUGUCCACGGGCCAUCUCAACUCGCUCGUGCGCACGGCAAAGCGCCUUAACGCCCUGCUAUCGCCUCGCCUCUACCGUCUAGGCGCUGAAGUCGCAGGACGCAAGUCACCGCUUAUAUGGGCCGUGACCAACAACCGGGUAUCUGCCGCCCGGCGGCUGCUCGAGCAAGGCGCAGACCCAGUCUCACAAGCAAGGGCGCCUACAACUGCUUUACACAUGGCAGUCAAAGGGUUACGUCUGAGUAUACUCCGGAUGAUCCUCCGGCCAGGUGUAAAAACUUCUGUCUUGGACGGGACGGAUCGCACGCCUCUUCAAUACGCGGCCGUGCACCCGAAAUUGGGAGCCCUCGAGAUCAUGCUGGACGUCGCGCCUGCAGCGUAUCCAGACGAGAAUGGAGACUGGGCCAGGGCGCUGGAGAUGGCAGUGCGUAAGAAGCGCUUGCGCCAUGCUCGGCUACUCCUCGAGACAGCUGCAAAGAAUAUCGAACGCCCGGCGCAGAAGGCUCCGGAGACCAUAAUGCUGAUUCCAGCCCGCGCAGGGGACCGUGCGAUGAUCGAACUUCUGGUCCAAUUUGGCUGGGAUAAUUGGGGCGGAGUUGGGUCUACCGGGAGCACGCCUCUACAUGCCGCUGCGGAGGAGGACGAUGAGGAGAUCGUUAAGAUGCUGAUUGAAUAUGGAUCAGACGUCAAUGCUGUCGAUGCCAACAACGCAACACCCCUGCACAUGGCGGCACGCAGACGUCGCUUCAAAAUCAUGAAGGUCCUUCUCGAAGCUGGUGCGGAUGUUAGCCUCGUUGAUGUGAGUCAGGAUACAGCGCUACAUCUCUGCAGCCGUGGGGCUGAAGACAGUAAACCCGGCCCUGAACUGCUUCUCGACUCAGGAGCCGAUAUUCACGCCAGGAACGAUGUUGGGAAUACGGCCUUACAUGUAGCAGCUGAAGCUGGUGCGCACCUAUCGAUUGUCCAGCUGCUAAUCGAACGCGGUGCCGACAUCAAGGCCAAGUCCAAUAAUGGAAAGACGCCCCUCUUCAUGGCUGCUGAUAGAGGGUCCCUUCCCAUUGUCAAUCUUUUGCUUACUUGCGGCGCCCAUAUUAACACUGAACGGAGUGGAGAGUGGUGUCCCUUAGCCGUGGCCACUCAAGAAUACCAUACUCAUCUCAUUCAGCCUUUAGUCGAUGCUGGAUUUGAACUCAACCCCGUGGGCCGGUCACCAUUGAUGUUGGCAGCCGAGAAUGGCUAUGCGGAACCCAUGCGAGAACUCAUCCGACUCGGUGCCGAUGUCAAUCACACUGUCUCCGAAACGACCCACUGUUCGCCGAUUGACCUGGCCAUUAGCUCUGACAAUCUGGAAGCCGUCCGGGUUCUCCUUGAAGCAGGCGCGCCUAUCGACAAACCAGGAUACCACGGAAACUCAAUUUUGCACGCGGCUAUACGCGUCAAUACGACGACAGAGAUUGUCGAGCUCUUAAUCCAGCAUCGUGCCGAUGUCCACGGCGUCGAGGGGUUCAACCGGAAUGCUCUGCAUACGGCCGUAGGCUCCAGAAAUAGGAGUCUGAUCCCGGUUCUAGCUACUGGCGGAGUCCCGAUAGACGGCCCCGAUGCCAACGGCAACAGGCCCCUCCAUCUAGCCGUUGAACAUAGGGGUCUGUCUUGCAGGGUUGUUGAACCCCUCAUCGAGGCCGGAGCCAACGUCAACGCUCGCGGCGCCCAAGGCCUCACAGCACUGCAUACUGCCAUUAAAAAGGCCUGCUUCAAAGCACGCAAGCUACUAAUCACGGCAGGGGCCGACGUCGGAGCCGAAGACAUCCUAGGCCGUACACCACUGCACGUCGCCGCAGCACGCGGCCACAAACCUACCUUCGAACUGAUCCUCGACGCAGCGAGACAGAGGUCCAUUCCCCUAACAACCCAAUCCGCCUACGGCCUCACCGUCGUCGAAGAAGCAGCCGCAGCCGGAAACGUGAAUAUCCUCGACAUGCUAGCAGGCGAGAACCUCGACAUCACCGGCUCAAACCCAACACAUAACGGCAACCACCGCGGCAUGCCACCCCUGCACAUGGCCACAAUCUACGACCGCGACGCAGCAGUAAAGCGCCUCAUCGGCCGCGGCGCAGACCCGCACGUCAUCGACGUCUACGGCCGCACAGCAAUGGACUGGGCAAUGUUGCACCAGAACAACAAGCUUAUCUCCCAACUCCACAGACAUAACUUCAUCUACGCCCCGCUCACAACUGAGGCCCGGACCGCAGUGCUAAAGGAGAGCAUCGUGGGCCUGGCGCGCCGUGUUCUCGAUAAUGUUGCAGCGGUGUUCUACAGGCUGGGCAAGUGUCUGCAAUACAUGGAUAACAUGCCCGCGGCCGCAACAGUGUGGUCGUUCGGCUUGGCGCCCGUGUCCUGCGAUCAGUGCGAUAAGGCACUUCCGCUGAAUGGACCCAGGUAUGUGUGCAGCCAGUGUCCGGAGAUGGAUUUCUGUGCGGGCUGUUAUGGCCCAGGCGAUGGGUUGCUGCUUCAGGGCACGCAUUUCGACUGUGCGGUGGGGCAUGGUCUUUUGGAGGUUGAUUUGGGGGAAUAUAUGCUGCCCGAGCAGAGGGGGGAGGCGCCGGAUGAAGGCGUUCUGGAUCAGGCGAGGAGGGCAUGGUUAGAGGCGCUGAUUGAACAGUAUAGCCAGUGA